UUUCAAUUCAAAAGUCAAAACUCAGUUUGCGGUAUUUUACACGUGUGUUAAUAUAUGUAAGUUUCUAAAAAUUAUAUCACUGUAUUUACCAACUGCCCAACAAAACCCUAUCUACUCUAAUGGUUGAUUAAAUCCAAGAUGUUGUGCCCCGAAGUGUGGGACUUUCCCGCUCCAAAAGUGAAAACAUGUAUUAAAAAAAAUCAAGACUUUCCAAAUGUUAUUAAAGCUGUUGAACUAAAUAACUUUUACAAAAGUAUUAUCAUAACGUGCCCAGAUGAAAUAAAUAUUCCACAGGAUAUUGAAGAAUCGUUACUUGAUGAUAGUAAUUAUUAUAAAAUUUAUAACUGUCCACUUGGUGAAUUUUUGGAGCCAACGUUUAUAAAAAGUUUCGUAAAGAAAGGAAAAAUAUAUUGCUUAUCAAAUGAUACGAACUGUAUGACAGAUACUUGUAUUGCUUUAACUCCUGAUGGAUUAUUAACUCUUCACCUUUUACGAUUUCUUUACCAGAGGCUUGGGUUAGAAGGUAAGAAGUGUCUUCACGACUUCUAUCAGGUGCAGAUAAACUUAAAAGACCUUAAAAACCUCGAUAGAAUAAAGAGAGCGUGUGACAUAUUAAAAUCUUUUAAUUUUAAUAUAUAUUGGCAACCAGAUAAUGAAGAGGUAUGCCCAUCAUCUAUAGCCAAAUAUUUCUGUGAUAGAAAUUUAAAAGUCACAUGUGAAAGCCUGACUGUGGAGAGAAUCAAGCCAGAUAUUAGAUCAAUACCAAGUUUAAUAAACAGCGAGAUCGGUGAAAUAGUAGAAUGGAUCGGCAUGUUAAUUCAUGGAGCAGAUAUAACACCUUCAGAAAGUUAUGUGAGCUCGUAUUGUGAACCGGAAUGUGAUGAUCCUAUAGAUACAACGAGGAUCUCGAUCUUAAUCAUAAAGGGAUUCCUGACUCCUAAUAUGCUAAUAAAAACAUCCCAAUUAUUAUCCGAUCAUGCCAGAUCUCGCGAGAUAAAUAAUUACUGGAUGUCUAUAAGUUUGCAAACAAUCGAAGACAGCCUCUGGCAGUGGACUCCGAGUGUGCCAAAAGUAUUUCAGCCUCACAACUCGUCUACCAAUAUAUUUUUUCACAAUGAAAUAUCAACUAUUUACUCCAUCGCUGAAUUAAAAUUUACAUAGCAA